AUGACGUCCAGCUUUGAGGUCGUUGUGGCUAUUGACUUCGGUACCACAUAUUCAGGGUACGCGUUCUCCUCGACCUACGACAAUGAAAAGGAUCCGAUGAAAAUUUCGUCCAACACGAAUUGGAUAGCUGGUACAGCAGGCCUGAUGUCGAUGAAGUGUCCUACCAGUAUUCUGUUUGACAAAGACCAAAAAUUUCUUAAUUUUGGUUACGAGGCUGAGGAUAAGUACUCGAAUCUCGCCCUAGAUAACGUUCACCGCGAUUACCACUUUUUCAAGCAAUUCAAGAUGUCGUUGCACAAACAUCCGGAUCUGAACAGAGACACCGUUAUAGAGGAUGAAACUGGGAAAACCAUGAAAGCCAAAACGGUGUUUGCAGCCGGCAUUCGAUUUCUGAAAACACAUGCUGAAGACCUGAUAAAUACCCGCGGGAUAAGUGUUGAGGAGUGGGAGAUACGGUGGGUUCUUACAGUACCCGCCAUCUGGUCAGAUGCCGCAAAACAAUUCAUGAGGGAAGCUGCCCAAAAGGCAGAAAUCAUGAACGACCAAUUGCUGAUAGCUCUGGAGCCAGAAGCAGCAUCAGUGUGUUGUCGUUAUCUACCAGACGCUAAAGGCUCCGAUAUAUUCAAGUCUGGAUCAAAAUACAUGGUCAUUGACCUUGGAGGAGGAACAGCAGACAUCAAUGUACAUCAGGUGACAGAUAAUGGCAAGUUACGCGAGCUUCACAAAGCUUCCGGGGGCGCCUGGGGUGGGACGAAAGUCGACGCCUCCUUCAUUCGACUACUAUGCGCGAUUUUAGGAGAUGACGUCAUGGACACAUUUCGUGUCAAACACGCGGGAGACUACAUAGAUCUUCUUCGUGAGUUUGAGGUAAAAAAGAGGAGUGUCAAAGAAAAAAUGGAAAGCAGCGUGAACUUCAAGCUUCCUCUUGCUCUUACAGACUUGUUCGAAAAGAUGAAAAAUAAGAAAAUCCCUGAGGCUCUUGCCGAUUCUACUUACAGCGAAGACGUCACCUCCACCGCUGACAAGAUCAGAAUCAGACCUAACCUGAUACAGGGCAUGUUUCGGGAUCCAUUAGUCCAUCUUGAAGAUCAUAUCCGAUGCAUACUCGCAAGGCCUGAGGUUAGGGGAACAUCUACCUUUCUUCUCGUUGGUGGAUUUUCUGAAUCCCCGAUCGUGCAGGAAACCAUUAAAAGGAAAUUUCCUCGAAUGAAGGUUAUUGUUCCACCCGAAUGUGGAUUGGCUGUCUUAAAAGGAGCAGUGAUAUUUGGUCACAACCCUGAAACAAUCAGUGCCCGGGUUGCGAAAUUUACGUACGGUAUAGCAAUCAGCAAACCAUUUAUCGAAGGACAUCAUCCCAUAGAGAAAAGGAAAGCCACACAAAAUGGUGUUAUUUGCACAGACAUGUUUUACAAGUUUGUCGAGUGUGGUGAAUCUGUAGAUGUGGACCACAAACAGACGAUGUCUUGUAGUGCAGGAAGAGGCUGCUCAACCAAUCGCGUUCGUGUUUACAGAUCAACUGCGGCAGAUCCGAUAUUUGUUACGGAGGAAGGCUGCAAUUUACUAGGGGAAGUUAUUCUGACACGCGAAACUGACCUGAAUAUUUCCCAAAAAAUUGACGUCAGCCUCACUUUUGGAGGCACAGAAUGUUCUGUAGAAGCAAAAGACAACCAAUCCGGCCAAUCGUUCAAGUCCAAGUUUGACUUUCUCAAUACAUAA